AUGCUACACGCAACUGCGCAAUGUUUUCUCCUACCGGCAUUGGCUGCUUUGGAGGUGCACAAGCGAUGGAAAUGGUCUCGAAAAACGAUGAUUUGGCUGGCGAUUUUCCACUACGUUUCCAUAAAUACGGUGAUACAGUGUGUUAUAUAUUCGCUACCCAUCGAGUGCACCCCUGAUUCGUUGAUGAUCAAAAGUAUUAUCGGGAAGUUCCCCAACUUCUCAUUCCUCACUCAAAUUCCGGACGUUUGCGUGACAGGGGCUGCCCCGAUGUGGCCACCGUAUAUCCAGUUUUCCGGGAUUUUCACAGGUUUAACGUUGGCCGCGUGUAUGAUUUGUUAUGUUGCAACAGUGUGUCUGUAUGGAAUCUGGCACACACUGUCCCUCCUGCGACACAGCAAUAAUUCUAUGAGCGAGAAGACACGGAUGAUGCAUAAGCAAUACUUUAAGGUUUUGUAUAUCGGAAUGUCCAUCCCGGCGGCAUCUCUAGGCGUGCCUUACGUCGCUUUGGAAUAUAUUUUAAAUUUUGGUGUAAUAUUUCCACAAGGCGUAAACAAUCUUCUGGUCGGUUUCCACGCGGCGCACAGUACGCUCGCCUCGAUCGCAAUUUUCUUGCUCACCCCAUCGUAUCGGAACUAUGUUUUUGGGGUUUCCAGCGCGCAGAGACACUACACUACUGCCCCAUCGAUUACGAGAGUCCGCCCCGAUAGUGAAGCUGUUUUUCGGGCGGAAAUUAACGAAAAU